AUGGCUCGAACCAAACAGUCUGCACGAGAAAAUGCCUCUCCCUGUACACCACCCUCUUCAUCUUCCUCAUACCAAUCCAGAGAGCGUUCUCCCUCUCCACCACCUCGCCCUUCACCACCACACACAUCUUCUGCCUCUCCAUCUUCUCAAAAUAGUCAAGAAGUUCUAAACCUCAUUCCUCUGUCUACCUUUCUUCCACCACUAUACACUUGUCCUAUACCAAACUACGCUCAAGUGCCUCCCCAUCUUCGCACCAGAAUCACUCCUCCACGCCGCUCCAUGCGCGUCCAGUCUGGUAUUGGUACGUCGAAAUCCAUGAACCCUAAGCCAUUUUACUUCAUCAUUUCAGACUUUGAGAGUGAUGACUGUUCUGAUUCGUGUCCCCCAAUAGAAAAAUCACCAACACAAACUGAACCACAAAGAAACACGAUGCCUAUAGUACCAACACCUCCACCACAAAAUCCACCAUCAACUACUAACCCUUCGACACCCUCAAAAUCGGCUUUCUCUUCUGAACCUUCACACGCAACUCCUCCCCAUCAAAAACGGAGAUCGAUAAAUGACAUUGUUUCCCCUUCUCCAAACCAAAAAGAACCACUCUCUCAACCAAAACCACCAACUAAACCCAUGAGAACCAAAAACACAAUCACUAUUGCUCAAUUUCUUGCUCGAAAAAAUCUCCCAAAUCCUCAAAGAAAGAAAACGCUUGCCCCAAAACAAAACCUAAAAACCAGUCAGAAACCCAUCUCUCCAGAACAAGAACGUUCUCCGACUGCUCCUCCACAAGAACGUUCCCCACCACAAGAACGUUCUCCGACUGCCCCUCCACCAAAAUCUUCUCCACAAAAGAAUUCCAAACGAUCUUCCCCUAUAUCCACAUCCUCUGAAUCUGAACCAUCUCCCCCAACUAAGAAACCAAAACAGAAUGCUCCUCCUCUAAUCUCCCUUGCAAAAUCAAAACUCUUCAAUGAAAAAUGGGUUCAACGCCCAGUUGGGAUAUGA